UCAUUUUGAUCUGUCAUCAAUGGGUGGUCUUAUUUGUAACAUCAUUUUGAUCGUACUUUCAGUUUUCCACUAUGUAAUUCUACCCGCCAAUGCUCUCUCUCAUCAUGAACAACGCCAGAUCGAAGGUGAAUCCAGAUCAAGCUCUUCGGAUCCAUUUAAGAUUGUGAACAAUGCACUACCUUUCAACAAAUAUGCAUUCUUAACAACACACGAUGCGCAUGCUUCAACUGCAUUCCAAUAUACCGUCAAAGGCGGAAGGUAUCAAAUUGGUACCGCGUCAAAAGAUAGUGUCACGCAACAGUUAAACAGCGGUGUUAGAGCAUUGAUGUUGAACGUAUUUAACAAGACUGAAGAUGUAUGGCUGUGUCAGAAAUGCGACAAGCACGACGAGUACCCCAAUGACAAGAGCCCUGCUCUUGGCCUAUUUCAGGAAGUCGAAGAAUUCUUAACAUCAAAUCCAUCUGAAGUAGUAACACUCUUCUUGAAAGAUGAAGUUGAGACUCCUAAUGGGCUAGCAAAACUUUUCGAUGCAACCGGGUUGACAAAAUACAUGUUGCCGCUAUCGAAAAUGCCUCGAUACGGUGGAGAUUGGCCGAGAGUCAGAGACAUGGUUGCUGCUAAUCAGAGGCUUGUUGUCUUCUCUUCAGCCAAAACUAAGGAAGAAAGUGAAGGAAUUGGGUAUCAGGGGAACUUUGUAGUUGAAUACCAAUAUGGAAGCCAGGGAAUGGAUCCAUGGAUGUGUGCUAAACGUGACGGUUUAUCACCACUAGAGAAGAAAAGUAAAUCUCUAGUGCUACUAAACUACCUUCUUCCACCACGAGGCUUCAGAAGGUAUGGGGAAAAGAUCUCCAAAGACCUCAUGUUGAAUGCAAUUCGUUUGUGUCGUACGAUCGAUUCUCAUAACUGGGCGAAUUUUAUCGAUGUUGAUUAUGACAGGGGAAUUGACGUAGGACCAGCAUUUCAAGCUGUAGACUUCCUCAAUGGAAAGCUACUUUGUGGAUGUGAUGAUGUGAAUUCAUGCAGAGGUGGUUCGUGGUGCCCUCCAGAGGCGGGAUUUGGUAUCAGGACCAAGGUUAUUGCUUUGUUAAUAACAUGUAUUGUAUUGGGAUGCGCGUCAUGUAUCUUAAGAUACAUUAAAAAGCAAAAAUAUAAAUUGAAAAAAUAGUUAUACUCAGCACAACAUACAAAAGGUGUUGCAUAUAAUGAAUAGAGACUUUGAAUAUGCAAAUUUUCACUACUUCAACUAUAUAUAACAUGGUUUAAAAGGAAAAGAUAUCAUGUAUCGCAUCAUGAAUUGUGUUGGUAUUGCAAAAAUAUGAACUUAAAAAUAAGAUAUGAUUCGAGAUAUUGAUCGAUUUGACCUCUAAACCUAUUGAAUCGCAAGAUACGUGUCGCAGUGUCGCAUAGUACGUGAAUAGCAACCAGCCCAACUCUGCCAUUUCUAACCAAAGAACUUUGGGCUCUCUUUCUCUUUUUUUUCUUCAUCUCUUCUCGUGCUAUUAUUUCCAUGAAGUGAGGAUUCCGUUGGAAAUGAUAGCACAAGAAGAGACGAGGAACGAAUUCUUCAGAACAAGAUGGUCUCUCCUACGAUUCUCCAGCAGCAACGAAACAGAGAACUCUGAUGUUACUCCUCUCUUCUGUUUUGGUCUGCCAAUGCACGAGCACAGUCACAAGCAUGACCCCUCGCUGAUCGGCAUCCUCAUCGUAGGCAGCAGCUUCUUCCUAAUGCUAGCAAUCCAUUGGGUAUUCUCACAUUGGUUGUUUUUGGAGACUCAACCGUCAACCCAGGAAAUAACAUCAGGAUUUCAAGUCGAACACCAACAAAACCAGCCUUAGCGGAACAUUUGUUCCGCACGGAAUCGAUUUCAACAGCAUGUCGACACCCACUAGCCGUUUCACAAACGGCAAAACUGUUGCUAAUUAUAGGGUACGUACUAAGAAUUUUAAGUAGUCUUUGAUCAGUGAGCAGGAACCAACUACAAAUCUAUAUUCAGUUUCACCAAACCAGAACGGGGCUAGUUUAUUUCCUUUGCUAAUUACUUUUGAUCUGCUCAGUGUAGUAAAUCGUUUUAGUUUGGAUCUCCUGGGUGUAGUAAAUUCUUUCUAGUAGAUGGUUAAACCAUUUGAUUCUUCGGAUUCAUCUCAACGGGAGAAAUCAAAAAAUAAAACAUCUAGACAAA